UUCAGGAAGCAGAGAGACGAUGAAGCAGAGAGGAGCCAUGGAGGAUCCUAUGUGGAGGAAAAUGUUUCUGUUUUUCAUCCUGCAGUUUACAGGAGCUCUGAGCAGAGAUCUGUCUCUCUACUACGCUGUCAGAGCUGGAGAUGACGUCACUUUGUCCUGUGAAAAUGUGAUCGAUGGUCACAGUAACUGUGACACAACAUCCUGGAUCUACAGUAAAGCAGGUCGACCAGCUGUAGAGUUACAUAAUAAUGGGCAGCUUAAGGUUACCAGAUCAGACAGACUGAGUGUUUCUGCAAACUGUUCUCUGAUUGUAAAGAAAGUCACAGAUCAGGAUGUUGGUCGGUACACCUGCAGACAGUUUAAGAAACCAGGAGAAGGUCAGUUUGGUUCAGAUGCUGUGGUUCGUCUUUCUCUCGUUCACUUGACAGAACAUGAGGACCAGAACAAGAUGACAUUAACCUGCUCUGUGGUGACAGAUGAACCAUGUAAACACUCAGUGAAGUGGUUGUAUAAUGGUAACCUUUUGGGUAAAGACAACAAAGAAAUAACAGAAUCAUCGUCUUCCUGCUCUGCUGCUGUCGCCUUCCAGACGUCUAAUUACUUUUACCAGUUAAGGUUUAACACGUUCAAGUGUGAAGUAAAGAUAGAAAAUAAAGUUCAGCUUUUUACCUUCAGCUCUCGUCCAUCAGAGAAAGACAAACCAACAACCACAUCGGCAGCAACAACUAAACCAGACAAAAUACAAGAAACUGGGGAAACGAUAGUUACAACUAAACUAGAUGGAACAUCAGUCUCUAGAGACGGAGCAGACUGGUGGAGGUUCCUCUCUGGUUCUGUGGGUUUAGCUGCUCUGAUAGCAGCUGUUCUGAUCGUCACCAUUUGGGCCAGAACUAAAGGGAGGAAAACACAUCUGGAUAAAAACACUGUGUGUUAUGAUGAAGAUGAAGCUGCUCUGAACUAUGAAAACAUCAGAACUUCUUCAGUUUGAUCCUCCUGCUUUUCUCAGACUCAGUAGAUCCAGAAGCUCAACAUCAGCAGGUUUAUCUGUUUUAAUGUUAUCUGUUGUAAUAAAAAACUGCUGAAAUGUUAAAAUAACAUCUUAAAAUAAGCAUAAGAAGAGUUUAAUGAGCAGAUUGUUACUUUUCAGAUUAAAUAUCAAUUUUGUUAAUAGGUAAAUUCAGAAAAUGAAUUAUUUCCUGGUUUGUGCUGCAGAGCGUCAUGAAUUAAUUAUGUCAUCCUGAUGAGUAAAGCAGUAACUGAACAGUGUGGAGAAUUUUCCUUCUCCAUGCUGAGUUCUUGAUCUAUGAGGUUGAAGAAGAGUCAGUGAGUUGAAUUCAUGAUUUUCAUUUAUUAAUACCAAAAUGCAGCUGGUCCAUUUCUCAUGCUAUCUUUAAGGGCUAGCAGAACAAAAUGGCAUCAAACAAAGUUUUUCAUCCUCUUUGUUAGCCUCUAUCUGAUCUACGCCCUAAAGAGGGCAUUUCCUAGUGUGUCAUUUCCUUUAAAUAUGUCAUUUCCUUUAAAUGACACCUAGGGUCAUUUAAAGGAAAUGACCCUGGUCUAGAAAUAAAAUGUUAGGGCGUUUCCUAACAUGUCAUUUGCUUUAGCUUUAGCUUUGCAACUAGCUAAAAGAGACAGAAGAAAAACACAAAAUUAUUUAUUCUCAACAAUAGUAUAUUUACUGCCACCUAGAGUCAGAUUUACAUCAUCGCUUUGUUUCAGGUUUAUUAGUUUUGCUCAACAUCAGCAGGUUAAUCUGUCAGUUUAUCAUCCAGUGAUCAGAACAGUUUUCCUUCAGCUCCAUGAGGGAUCAUUAUAGAUCCGUUAUAGAUUUCCACAGAAUUUUGAGUAUAAACAUUUGUCCUUUUAAUCCGCCUUAAAUUAUCAGCAUUUGGUGCAUUAUGUAAUAUGUUAUCCAAAGGUUGUUUUAGAUUUAUUUGCUUUGCCUUUAUUACUCAAAAUGAGGCAUGAUGCUGCCAUUACCAUGCAUAGUUAACCAUAUAUGUUGUUUUUAUCUACUUCUUGUUCU